GGGUUCUUCUAUUACACAAGCAAGAUACAGCCAGCUCCACCUAAUUUUCUCCGCCACCCUCCUGCCUAGUGGGACAUCGUCAUACUUAACCUAUCACUUUCUCUAAUGCACAGCAGACUCAUUUUGGCCGGGACAGCAGUGGUAUUUCAGUUCCUGUUUGUAAACACCUCCUAGACCUAAAGAUUUCCCUGAAUAACACCAAUACCAAAGAAAGCUAUAAUGUUGACCUCAACACAACUCCUGUUGAUUCCAACCUUGUUUAGUGUUCUUCUAUUUGCCAUGGGAAAUGAAGGUCUGGAAGCAAACACAACAGAAAACAUUGCAGAAGACUUAAGAGAUACAAUAAAAGAACGUGUUCCUUUCACAAGUCAAGCAGAUUUCAACUUAGAUAAAGAAAUGCAAGAAACCUCCAAUCACAACGCAAGUAAUUCCUCUCGUAUGGAUCCAUCAAAUGAAAGUCCUGAAACAACAGAUUCCGGCGGUAAUUUGACCACAGACUUUUCCUGGAGUCCAAGAACCACGCCCCUCGUUUCCGAAAGCUCUCCCUCGAGCCACAGCGUUGUUCCUAAAUUACUUCAGAACUCAUCAGUAACAGAUGAAAAUUCUCUGUCCCUCUCAGAGCCUCCCAAUACCACGUCUGCUGUGCCUUCAGAAAAGUUCCCUUGGUCUUUGGCCAAUGACACCGUGAAAACUGAUAAUGGUUCCAUUACAGUUAGCAUCCUCCCUUCGGCACCAGCUACCACGUGGGCGAAUUCCAGGACAACAGAGCCAGAUGCCUGGCUCAGCACGACCAGUGACAGCAUAGCAGCGUUCACCCCCUACCAGGAAAUGACUCUACAGCCUACCUUAAACUUCACCAAUAAUUCAAAAAUCUUUCCAAACACAUCAGACCCCCAAGAAGAGAAUAGAAAUACAGGAGUGGUAUUUGGGGCCAUUUUAGGUGCUAUUUUGGGCGCUUCGUUGCUUACCCUUGUUGGCUACUUAUUGUGUGGAAAAAGGAAGACAAGUUCAUUUUCCCACCGGCGACUUUAUGAUGAUAGAAAUGAACCAGUUCUGCGAUUAGACAAUGCACCGGAACCUUAUGAUGUGAGUUUUGGGAAUGCUAGUUAUUACAACCAAACUGUGAAUGAUUCAUCCAUGCCAGCAGGUCGAGAAAAUGCACGUGAUGGCAUUCCUAUGGAUGACAUACCUCCACUCCGUACCUCAAUGUAAAACUAAGGGGAAAGGCUUCAGAUGGCAAGUGUUUACCUACAUCCUGGACUUUGCACCAACCCGUCUUCCCAAAGCUGAAAUGAGAUCACUGUCAUGUGGCUUGUGCCAAGAAGAACUAUAAAAACCUGAGACUAGGAGCAGAAAAAGAAAGAGAGGAGAACUCAUCCAAGAGGUUUCCUUUCUUGCCUGUAGUGAAGCAUCUGUUGAGUAACCUUAAUUUGUAUUUUGGUCUACUUUUUUCUAUAAAAAAUCCAUAAAAAAUGUUUAUGGAUUCAGGUAAGACUAAAAGAUUUCACCUCGAUUACCCUGCUUGAUAAUUUAAUUUUAAAAAAUCUUUCAAUGAAAAUGAAGAACCCAAACUACAUUUUUACUGUUUUUCUUAUUGGACAAACAUCAAUGGAUGGACUCUUGACUGCUUCCCCUAUAAUCCUAAAGUCAUGCAUCACUAUUAACAUUUUGUUAAAGGAACAUUGGAAGCUAGAAAGAUAGUAUGGCACAGAAUUUCUCCUUCUGGGAAAUUUAGGUGAAAGGAGUGAGAGACCUACCUUUUAGUACAGUUUACUUUUCUGCAUCAGCACAUAGAUGGUCAGUCCCUUGAGUUGCCAAGUUGACAAUGACUUUGCACUCAACAGGGCUAUGUUAGAAAAAGGGGCCCUAACUAGGAAAGUAACUGCUUUUCUUCAAAGGAGCAGGUAUUCGAACCUGUCUGAUUUACUUUAGGCCUCAAUUAACUGGGUACUUUAAAAAUUCAGUGAGGAACAUGGUAACAAAAGUUAGCCAAAUCAUGUACCUGCACAUAAUUUUUACAGUUUUAGGAUGUUACUUAGGGACAGAAUUUAAUAUGUAUUUGACAUUACCGAUCAAUUGUAUGUGGAAUAGAUUCUGCAUCUGUAAAUAUAUGAAGAAUAAGGUAAAAACAGAUAACUGGAAAUGUUAAGAAAACAAAAAUGUUUCUGACCAUCAGUUUCAAGAGAGAAUAUUCAAGAAGCUCAGCUUGGAUUUUAAUGUAUUUCAGUUUGUUUUUAAUUACCAUCUGCUUCUGGCAGGAAAAAAAUAAGCAUUAGUACAGGAAGGUCCCA